CCGCCCGUCUGCGCUCCGCCGACUGAGGCCCAGGCGGAGGCGGCGCCGGCGUGGACGCCGUGACCGCGGCCGGCAGGGGGGCGGACGAGCCCCCCGCUCUCGUCCAGGGAAGGCCUAGGGCGGCCCCCAGGGAAGGGGACCCCGAAAGACGAGCCAGAAAUUGCCCUGGAGGAAGAAGCGCGGAGCUCCCGCUAACCCGCCCCUCCCUCGUCACGUGACCGCGCGGGGCGAAAAGAGGGAACCCAGGGCCGCUGCGACGCCCGGACAGGUUGGCGACGGGGUUGGGAAGGGGCGGGACGACGCGACUGAGGAGGAGUGCGCCUGCGCCUUAGCAGUUGCCUGUCCCGCCGCUUCCGGGUCCGCGUGCAAAGGCCUCCCCGGAAAUGAGUAGGCUCCACUCCCAGCACUGAGCCCAACGUGGAGCUCAAACUCAAGACCCUGAGAUCCAGAAGUGAGCUGAUAACAAGAGUUGGACGCUUACCCAACUGAGCCACCCAGGAAUCUUCAAAAAUCCACCUCUGCUCUUUGAGAUGCUGCCCAAACCUGGGAUCUAUUACUUCCCCUGGGAAGUCAGUGCUGGCCAAGUUCCCGACGGGGGCACACUGAGAACAUUCGGAAGGUUGUGCCUCUAUGACAUGACUCAGUCCCGAGUCACCCUGAGGGCUCAGCACGGAUCUGACGAGCACCAGGUCCUGGUGUGUACCAAGUUGGUGGAGCCGUUCCAAGCCCAAGUGGACUCCAUGUAUCUUGUCCUUGGGGAGCUCGAGCACCAGGACGGAGGCGCCGUGGUGAAGGCCCGGGUGUUGACUUGUGUGGAAGGAAUGAAUCUGCCCUUGUUAGAACAAGCCGUCCGGGAGCAGAGGAGGUACCAGCAGGAGAGGGACAGCAGCCAGCAGCAAGCGACAGUGCCUGACAGCUGUCCCCCCCAAACCUUCCCUGAAGCCAAGCCCCCUGGGGAUGCCAGAGCCACUGCGGGGAAGACGCAGGACCUUCCCCAGGAGUGACAGCCUUUGUCUGGAGCUGGAGAGAAGGGGUGGGGGUGGGGGUGG